AUGAUGGUUGCACGAGUGAAAGAACAUUCACGUAUAAUCCGAAGUGAACCAUCCAUAUGUCCUUCCAAUAACGAAGAGGGCGAUCCCUCGGACGAUAACGAAGAACAUGAACGUCAACCACGUAAAAAUAUUGGAAAAUUUGUUUCAAAACGCCAAAACUAUGACGAUACACCAAGUUCGAAACCGAACUAUGGAAGAAAUAAAGAGGAUACUUUCGCUCGAACAACAUCAGCACAAACAAUUUCGGUUUGUGAUCAUCUAGAAGAAGGCUCGCAGAUGAGCGUCUACUGCCGAACAUUACACUUGCUUGCGACGGAUCCGAUCUAUCAGAAAGAAGUCGCUCUUGGAAAACGAAUCGGCUUCUAUCGACUAGGAAAAGAACUUGGAGCUGGGAAUUUUUCGAAAGUGAAAUUAGGAAUUCACGUACUUACAAAAGGUUUUGUUAUAGAAUUCAAUAAAAAAUUUUCCAACUCCGACGUUGGCCCGAUUGAACAACUCUCAGAGCUCCAUGUUGUUUUCUUUUUCAAAAUUGCGCAGUAA